UGACGCAGCGCAGAACUCACCAAAUUCCGAGCAUUUCCCGAGGGCCAGCGCGCAAGCAAACCACGUAAGGCAGGCAUCCAUCUCCCCAUCCUCCACCUGUCCGCCUAUCCACCCGCCCGCCCGCCGCAUCCCCCUCGCCGCUCCCAAUGGCGCCCGCCACCGCGUCCGUGGCGCCGCCCUCCACCUCCACCGCCUCCUCGGUGCUCCUGCUCCGCCGCUUCCCGUCCCCGUCCCUCGCCUCCGGCCGCCGGCCCGGCCAGCAGCCCCGCCGCGCGCGCCUGCUCCUCCAGGUCGCGCUCACCAGCGAGGUGUCCUCGGACGACGUGGCGGCCGAGGAGGCCGCGGCGGCGCCCAAGAUCGGCAGGCGGGUGCGCGUCACGGCGCCGCUUCGCGUCCACCACAUCGUCAAGGCGCCCGACCUGGACAUCCAGGGCAUGGAGGGCGUCGUCAAGCAGUACGUGUGCGUCUGGAAGGGCAAGCGCAUCACGGCCAACCUCCCCUUCAAGGUCGAGUUCCAGAUCGCCGUCGAGGGGCAGCCCAAGCCCGUCCGCUUCUUCGCCCACCUCCGCGAGGACGAGUUCGAGUUCGUCGACGAGGAGUGACGGCCUCGAGGUGCGGUUCUCGCGCCUGUGGACGAGUAAGCGGUAGCGCCGUUCUUAUAGAAUAAUAAUCAUGGCCGUGGCGGUGGCUGGUGUAUAUUGUUCGCGGCGUGCGGUGGCAGGGAUGCAAGAGGGUAGGAACUUGGAAGGCAUGGCAAGUUGUUUGCUUGCUUGCUGCGGUGCUGUUUCUUCCUCCUUCGGUUCGACGUCUAUCUUUCAGAUGUGGGGAAUUAUUCGGAUGUUGAUGAUGAUCGAUAGUUAUAAUAGUGACAAUUUUUGUUGCUGCUUGUUGGCUAUACUUUGUGCUUAGUUAUUUUGUUGGCUGUUCCAAGAAAUUUGUUUGUCUGAUUGGUACAAUAUGCAAUUAUGCAUUGCAACUGGGAAUUGCAUCCUUGGACAGGUCA